CUCCCGGCAUUCCCCGUGGGCGGUGCUCCCCUUUGACCCCUCGCUCGCGUGCUACACAUCCGGGCCUCUGCUACUAGUGAGGGGAAGAUGGCGGCCGCAACUGUGGUGGUUCCCGUAGAGUGGAUAAAGAACUGGGAGAAAUCAGGGAGAGGCGAAUUUUUGCAUUUAUGCCGGAUCCUCAGUGAAAAUAAAAGCCAUGAUAGUUCAACUUACAGAGAUUUCCAGCAAGCUCUUUAUGAGUUAUCAUACCAUGUCAUUAAAGGAAAUCUAAAGCAUGAACAGGCAUCUAAUGUUCUUAAUGACAUUAGUGAAUUUCGUGAGGAUAUGCCCUCCAUUCUUGCUGAUGUAUUCUGCAUAUUAGAUAUUGAGACAAAUUGUUUAGAAGAAAAAAGCAAGAGAGACUAUUUUACACAAUUGGUAUUAGCAUGUUUGUAUUUAGUUUCAGACACAGUUCUAAAGGAACGCCUGGAUCCAGAAACAUUGGAAUCAUUAGGGCUUAUUAAACAAUCACAGCAGUUCAAUCAAAAGUCAGUUAAAAUCAAGACAAAGCUCUUUUAUAAGCAGCAAAAAUUCAAUUUGUUAAGAGAAGAGAAUGAAGGUUAUGCCAAGCUGAUUGCUGAAUUGGGGCAAGAUUUAUCUGGAAAUAUUACUAGUGAUUUAAUCUUAGAAAAUAUCAAAUCUUUAAUAGGAUGCUUUAAUCUGGAUCCCAAUAGAGUUUUGGAUGUCAUUUUAGAAGUGUUUGAAUGCAGGCCAGAACAUGAUGACUUCUUUAUAUCUUUAUUAGAAUCUUACAUGAGUAUGUGUGAACCGCAAACACUGUGUCAUAUUCUUGGGUUCAAAUUCAAGUUUUACCAGGAACCAAAUGGAGAGACUCCUUCAUCUUUAUACAGAGUUGCAGCAGUCCUUCUACAAUUUAAUCUUAUUGAUUUAGAUGAUCUUUAUGUACAUCUUCUUCCAGCUGAUAAUUGCAUUAUGGAUGAACACAAACGAGAAAUUGUAGAAGCUAAGCAAAUUGUUAGAAAACUUACGAUGGUUGUAUUGUCUUCUGAAAAAAUCGACGAGCGAGAGAAAGAAAAGGAAAAAGAAGAGGAGAAAGUAGAGAAGCCGCCUGACAACCAAAAACUUGGUUUGUUGGAAGCCUUGUUGAAGAUUGGUGAUUGGCAGCAUGCACAGAACAUUAUGGAUCAGAUGCCUCCGUACUAUGCAGCUUCACAUAAGCUAAUAGCCCUUGCUAUUUGCAAGCUCAUUCACAUAACUAUAGAGCCUCUCUACCGAAGAGUUGGCGUUCCUAAAGGUGCUAAAGGCUCACCUGUUAAUGCUUUGCAAAAUAAGAGAGCACCAAAACAAGCAGAGAGCUUUGAAGAUUUGAGGAGAGAUGUCUUCAAUAUGUUCUGUUACCUUGGUCCUCACCUUUCUCACGACCCCAUUUUAUUUGCAAAAGUGGUGCGCAUAGGCAAGUCAUUUAUGAAAGAGGAAUGGGAUUGCUGGGCCAUAUGGUUUCAGUCUGAUGGAAGCAAACAAGAAGAUAAAGAGAAAACGGAAGUUAUCCUUAGCUGUUUACUUAGCAUUACUGACCAGGUACUACUUCCAUCUCUUUCUUUGAUGGACUGCAAUGCUUGUAUGUCUGAGGAACUAUGGGGAAUGUUUAAAACAUUUCCCUAUCAGCAUAGGUAUCGUCUGUAUGGCCAGUGGAAGAAUGAAACUUAUAAUAGUCACCCACUUUUAGUAAAAGUUAAGGCCCAAACAAUAGACAGAGCCAAAUAUAUCAUGAAGCGUCUAACCAAGGAAAAUGUGAAGCCUUCUGGAAGACAAAUUGGGAAAUUGAGCCACAGCAAUCCAACCAUUUUGUUUGAUUAUGUAUGUUUUGAGAUCUUAUCACAAAUACAGAAGUAUGAUAACUUAAUAACACCUGUAGUAGAUUCAUUGAAAUACCUGACUUCAUUGAAUUAUGAUGUUUUGGCCUAUUGUAUCAUUGAAGCUUUAGCUAAUCCGGAAAAGGAGAGAAUGAAACAUGAUGACACAACCAUCUCAAGCUGGCUUCAGAGUCUGGCUAGUUUCUGUGGUGCAGUUUUUCGUAAAUAUCCAAUUGAUCUUGCUGGUCUUCUUCAAUAUGUGGCUAAUCAGCUAAAGGCAGGCAAAAGUUUUGACCUGCUUAUAUUGAAAGAAGUGGUACAAAAAAUGGCAGGAAUAGAAAUAACAGAGGAAAUGACGAUGGAGCAACUAGAGGCCAUGACUGGUGGAGAGCAACUAAAAGCUGAGGGUGGUUAUUUUGGCCAGAUCAGAAACACUAAAAAAUCCUCCCAGAGAUUAAAAGAUGCACUAUUGGACCAUGAUCUUGCUCUUCCUCUCUGUUUGCUUAUGGCUCAGCAGAGGAAUGGGGUAAUCUUCCAGGAAGGUGGAGAGAAACAUUUGAAACUUGUGGGAAAACUCUAUGAUCAGUGUCAUGAUACCCUGGUACAGUUUGGUGGGUUUUUAGCAUCUAAUCUAAGCACAGAAGAUUAUAUAAAGCGAGUGCCUUCAAUUGAUGUGCUCUGUAACGAAUUUCAUACACCCCAUGAUGCAGCAUUUUUCCUGUCUAGGCCAAUGUAUGCACACCACAUUUCGUCAAAGUAUGAUGAACUUAAAAAAUCAGAAAAAGGAAGUAAACAGCAACAUAAAGUUCACAAGUACAUUACAUCGUGUGAAAUGGUGAUGGCUCCUGUCCAUGAAGCAGUGGUCUCCUUACAUGUUUCCAAAGUCUGGGAUGACAUCAGCCCUCAAUUCUAUGCCACAUUCUGGUCAUUGACAAUGUAUGACCUUGCAGUUCCACACACCAGCUAUGAACGGGAAGUCAAUAAACUUAAAGUUCAGAUGAAAGCAAUUGAUGACAAUCAGGAAAUGCCUCCAAAUAAAAAGAAAAAGGAGAAGGAGCGUUGUACUGCCCUUCAGGACAAGCUUCUUGAAGAAGAAAAGAAACAGAUGGAACAUGUACAGCGAGUUCUACAGAGACUGAAACUGGAGAAGGACAACUGGCUUUUAGCAAAAUCUACCAAAAAUGAGACCAUCACAAAAUUUCUACAGCUGUGUAUAUUUCCUCGAUGUAUUUUUUCAGCAAUUGAUGCUGUUUACUGUGCUCGUUUUGUUGAAUUGGUACAUCAACAGAAAACUCCAAAUUUUUCCACACUUCUUUGCUAUGAUCGAGUUUUCUCUGAUAUAAUUUACACAGUUGCAAGCUGUACUGAAAAUGAAGCUAGUCGAUAUGGGCGAUUUCUUUGCUGCAUGUUAGAGACUGUGACCAGGUGGCACAGUGAUCGCGCCACAUAUGAAAAGGAAUGUGGAAAUUAUCCAGGAUUCCUUACUAUAUUACGAGCAACUGGAUUUGAUGGUGGAAAUAAAGCUGAUCAAUUAGACUAUGAAAACUUUCGACAUGUUGUGCAUAAAUGGCAUUACAAACUAACCAAGGCAUCGGUACAUUGCCUUGAAACAGGCGAAUAUACUCACAUCAGGAAUAUUUUGAUUGUGCUAACAAAAAUACUUCCUUGGUACCCAAAAGUUUUGAAUCUGGGUCAGGCUUUGGAAAGAAGAGUGCAUAAAAUCUGCCAAGAAGAAAAAGAGAAGAGGCCAGAUCUAUAUGCAUUGGCUAUGGGCUACUCUGGGCAGUUGAAAAGUAGAAAGUCAUACAUGAUACCUGAAAAUGAGUUUCAUCACAAAGACCCCCCUCCGAGGAAUGCAGUUGCCAGUGUACAAAAUGGGCCUGGUGGUGGGCCUUCUUCUUCAUCGAUAGGAAGUGCAUCCAAAUCGGACGAAAGCAGUACUGAGGAGACUGAUAAAUCAAGGGAGAGAUCUCAGUGUGGUGUGAAAGCUGUUAAUAAAGCUUCUAGUGCCACACCAAAAGGGAAUUCAAGCAAUGGAAACAGUGGCUCUAACAGCAGCAAAGCUGUUAAAGAAAAUGACAAAGAAAAAGGGAAAGAGAAAGAAAAAGAGAAAAAAGAAAAGACUCCAGCUACUACUCCAGAGGCCAGGGUACUUGGUAAAGAUGGUAAAGAAAAACCGAAGGAAGAGCGGCCAAAUAAAGAUGAAAAAGCAAGAGAGACGAAGGAAAGAACACCUAAGUCUGACAAAGAGAAAGAAAAAUUCAAGAAGGAAGAAAAAGCUAAAGAUGAGAAAUUCAAAACCACUGUCCCCAGCAUAGAAUCAAAAUCGACUCAAGAAAAGGAAAGAGAGAAGGAGCCAUCCAGAGAAAGAGAUAUAGCAAAGGAAAUGAAAUCAAAGGAAAAUGCUAAAGGAGGAGAAAAAACACCAGUUUCUGGGUCCUUGAAGUCACCUGUUCCCCGAUCAGAUGUUGCAGAGCCUGAAAGGGAACAAAAACGCCGCAAAAUUGAUACCCACCCUUCUCCAUCGCAUUCCUCAACAGUAAAGCUGGUUUAUUUCCAGGUUACAGCCAUACUUCCCAAAGUUCCUCUGGGUUCUGAGAACUAUGCCAGCUCACCUGUCAUCUCCAUUCAUUUUCUACAGGACAGUCUCAUCGAACUCAAGGAGUCUUCAGCAAAGCUCUACCUUAAUCAUACUCCUCCACCACUGUCCAAGAGUAAGGAGAGAGAAAUGGACAAGAAAGAUUUGGACAAGUCGAGGGAAAGAUCCAGAGAAAGAGAGAAAAAAGAUGAAAAGGACAGGAAAGAACGGAAAAGGGAUCAUUCAAACAAUGACCGUGAAGUGCCACCGGACUUAGCCAAGAGGCGAAAAGAGGAAAAUGGAACAAUGGGGGUUUCAAAACACAAAAGUGAAAGUCCAUGUGAGUCUCCUUAUCCAAAUGAGAAAGACAAGGAAAAAAAUAAGUCAAAAUCUUCAGGCAAAGAAAAAGGCGGCGAUUCGUUUAAAUCUGAAAAGAUGGAUAAAAUCUCCUCCGGUGGCAAAAAGGAGUCCAGGCAUGAUAAAGAAAAGAUAGAAAAGAAAGAGAAACGGGACAGUUCAGGAGGAAAGGAAGAGAAGAAACAUCAUAAGUCCUCGGACAAGCACAGAUAAUGAAGACUUUCAAUCAAGAUACUCUGUUAACUUCACAUGGAGAGCUAUGGACAGAAGUAUUACGUAUACCUCUUUGGGAUUGAUGAGAAAGAGCAUUGACUUUAUUGCCCUCAAAAGGUGGUUCACUUUACUUACAGUAUUUGAUAGUACCCUGUUUAAAAGAAGUUUUCUUUGUAUACUGCAACACAUUUUUUGAGGGCGGGUUUACAUGCUUUUAUUUGGGUCUGUAUGUAGUAAUCAUUAAAUGUGUUAGAAAGUUUGUUAGGAGAUUGAAAUGAUAGACACCGACUAUUUUUCUCUUCGUUACCAUCACUUAUACUCUUUAAUGGGUGUGCAUUCUUUAUACUGCUAUUCGUACGUACCAAACAAUUGGGCAGAAUAGGAGGAAUUUUCUCUUUUCCUUUUUUCCAUUUAAGGUAGACCAAAUGUUGACUAGGUGCUGUGCUGUUUCUAUCGGGACAUAGGCAUGAGCACUUAGAAGAGGGCUCCCAUGCCACAUUUACCUCUGAGUGUGACUGUCCCUUACACGUGCCAUUAUCCUAAGAGGCACCCCUGGGUGUGCUAAGAUUCAGUUCAUCAGAAUCCCAGUUUAAUUCUGUGUUACAUUUCUCUACAUGAAACAUCUUGGGAAGUGUGUUUAUUGUGAUAAGAAUUCCUAGGUAGCAGUGUAAGGACAAAUGAAAGGAGUAAAGUGGCAUUAGGAUGGUUGUCGCUGUGUCUUUCUCCUGUAUCUUCUUUCUUCCUCAUAAAUGUUCAUUUGACUUUCUGUCAGCCUCAUCCAUACAUGCCUUUCUUCUGCGCGCGUGCGUGAGAGAGAGAGAGAGAGAGAGAGAGAGAGAUGGAGGGAGAGAGAGAAGUAGGAUCACGAAAUCCUGACCGUUUCAGAAACUCGUGAAAAUGAAGGUAACUAAACUCUCAGAUGCCUCCUUUGAGGUGAAGACACUUAACCAGAAACAAUCUAUUUUGUGGGCUCAUAUUUUAUAGUUUCUCUAAAAAAAAAUUUUGUUGCCAUUAAGAGGGCUCUUUUAUGAAGAAUCUAUGUACUAUUGAAACAUUUCUUUAGGACCUUUUUGGUGAAUCUGAUCUUAGAGAGAGAGAGUGUGUGUGUGUGUGUGUGCGCGCGCGUGCAUAAAGACAUACCUCUGGUAAGAAGGCUGAAUUUGUUUGCCUCUCUUCUCUACUUUGAUCACCAGUCUAGCUGUACUUUUCUCCAGACCACCCUACUUUUCAAACUUGCUUCUUGCUGUCACAACUCUCUAUAAAGUAACAUUAUUUAAAGUUGGCUGCCUCAGCUCUGAGAGGGUGUUCUUUGAGGGCAUUCCAUGCAUGGUUUUCUGACGCCCUGACAAAGGAGGGGGAGGGUAUGCUGGAGCAUCAGGGAGAUUGCAACCUUACUAAUACAUCAGGGCCUAUUAAUGGGGGUGUUGGGGGGAGGAAAGAAAAAAACCUCAGGAUGUCCUGUCCAGAUAAUACCCAGUAGAAAGUGAUGUUUACAGAUGUAAUCUUGUCUUUCUGCAAACAUGGUAUUACCAGUGCAGUUUGUAGCACCGAUAGAGCAGAGAUGUCUAGGGUGGGGGACAGACGACCGGACCAAAGCCCGAAGUAGAAACUCUGUGAGAAACCUCCACCGUCCUAAGUGUGAAAAAGAUCUGUGUUAUCUCUUGCAUUUAGAGUCUGUGCUUUCUUGUUUACAAUUGUUAAAGUGGCACAUGUUUAAAAAAAUAGUAAAUAAAAAAAUAAUCUUAGGAGAA